UUUCCCUUUUUGUUUGAUUGCAACUGUCUCCGAUUACAGUGUUCGAUCUUCUUCAGCUUUAAUGGAUCCACUAGGUGCAGUCGAUGAGGCUAUCUUAAGCGUCGCGGAAGCUGAAUUGACAAAGGAAAGAGAGAAGACAAAGCUCAUGAAGGAGUCGGCAAGGGCCGAUCAAGCUGCACUGGAAGCGAAGGAGAGAGAACUAGCAAUGCUUGUGAGAAAGAAGGAUCAAAUGGUUGCAACCAAAGAAGCUGGGGAUAGAUUGGUGGAUGUUUUCCUCGAAGCAGAUGGUAAUAACGAGAAUUUUGAUGAGACAGCUAUGAUGGACGCUAUUUUAGCUUUGAUAAGGGAUGAUGGUGGCGAUGAUGGUGGCGAUGACGGAGGAGAUGACGUCGUCGAUGAAGGCGGCGAUGACAGCGGCGAUGGAGGCGACGGGGAGUAAUAGCUUGCUGCAACGGUGGUGGAUAUGAGGUGUUUUCUGUACCGACCACCUUGAAUAAAGAUAAACCUGGGUUUGAAUAAGUUUUCAACUGCUCUGACUCUGCU